UCUCAGAAGGUUCUGACCCAGGAGCAGGCGUAGCGCGACUCUCCAUCGAUCAUUCGUCUUUAGCCUUUCAUGCCUGUAACAUUCAGACGCUCCAACAUGCCGAUCAUGAAAAACUCCUACACGCUGACUGUAGCGGAGGCUCCCGCCGCGGUGCCCCCGGCAGACAGAGCCGACCUGCGGCGGAAGAAUCCGUCCUUGUCUCGCUCCGCUCUGGUGUCCACGUUUAAGGGGCUGAUCAUCAACCAGGCCAAGAAGCAGAGUCCUCAGGGUUUGGUGGGACUGAAGAACCUCGGGAACACUUGCUUCAUGAACUGCAUCGUCCAAUGCCUGAGCAACACUACUGAGCUGAGAGACUACUGCCUCAGAGAUGUUCAUCACAUAGACCUCAACAACAACUAUAGGAAAAACUCUGCCCUCAUGGAAGAAUUCGUGAAACUGACCCAGAGUCUGUGGACGUCUGUCAACGUUGAGAGCGUCAGCCCAUUCGAUUUCCGAAGCCAAGUCCAGAAAUACGCUCCUAAAUUUGUGGGCUGCAAUCAACAGGAUGCCCAGGAGUUCCUGCGCUUCUUAUUGGACGGCCUCCACAACGAGGUGAACAGGGUGACUCAGUGUCCAAAGGUUCCCACCGAGGACUUCGACCACCUCUCGGACGAUGAGAAAGCCAGGCAAAUGUGGAACAGAUAUUUGGAGCGAGAGGACAGCAAAGUUGUUGAUCUCUUUGUUGGACAGUUGAAAAGCUCUCUAACCUGCACCGUCUGUGGCUUCCGAUCGACCGUGUUCGAGCCUUUCUGGGAUUUGUCCAUUCCCAUCGCCCAGAAGAAUGUGGGUGAAGUCACGCUGAAAGAUUGCUUGAGGCUUUUCACUAAAGAGGACGUGCUGGAUGGAGAUGAGAGGCCGACAUGCAACCACUGCAAAGCCAGAAGAAAGUGCACCAAAAGGUUCAGCAUUCAGAAGUUCCCUCAGGUUCUUGUGCUUCAUCUGAAGCGAUUCUCUGACUCCAACAUCCGCGCCAGCAAGCUGUCCACGUACGUCAACUUUCCCAUCAAAGAGCUGGACCUGCGGGAGUUCGCCUCGGAGAGCAGCGAGCGGCCCAUCUACAGCCUGUAUGCGGUAUCCAACCACACGGGAAACACCUUGGGAGGUCAUUACACGGCGUACUGCAAGAACUCCACAGCGGGAGAGUGGUACAGCUUCAAUGACACCAGAGUGAGCCCCAUGUCGUCCAGUCAAGUCCGCAGCAGCAACGCCUACAUUCUCUUCUACGAGCUCACCACCACCUCCUCUUUCUCUCACACUAAAUAUCAGACUUGUCGACUUUAGAGACUGCGCUGUUGCGAUGAAAUGGACCUGUGAGAAAACAUGGUGUCCUCCUGGGAGACAGCACCAUCUAGUGGAGAAGGGCUUGCCACUACAGACUGUGAAUAAGAAGCGGUUGGCUGAUGAUCACUUGAAGUUGUUUGUAUUUGAAAUGUGAACUAUGAUGUCAAAGUGUAAAUGAAUUGUAACUUAAAGAUGCCUUUUUUUGGGUGUUAAAGAAGUAUGCUAUUGCACUUUAGAGGGACGCUUUAGUGAUUUAAUCUUCAUGCUUCAUGGCACCUGCAUUACAAAAGUAGACGGCGGAUUUCCAAAGAAAGUGUGCUAUAUUUUUGUACAGUAUUUAUAAGUGAAUGUAAGAAAUACCAAAGUGGAUGUGUGGAUUGACAUGAGUAGCUUGUUUCUGACUGUUAGCUGCCAACCAAUUGGCAUAUUGCAGGUUAAUUUGUUACUAAUUUAUUAAUAUAGAGAACUCAGGUGUCAAGAAAAAAGAAUGUAUGUGUCAAUGUACAGCAGAUGUUGAAAUAAAAUGAUGAAAA